UGGCAUAAUCAGGUAUUCAACCCCAUUACGUGCUUAAAGCUAACUUGACUUUAUAGCCGUCGCACGAUUCGCCGAACCUAUCGCCUACACGUCUGUCUUUCCGUAUCUACCUGAGAUGAUAGCUAGUUUCGGCGUCGAGAGAAAAGAAGUUGCGAAAUGGGCGGGCAUUACUAGCUCCGCCUUUUCCCUAGCACAAUCUAUAACUGCUGUGGCCUGGGGUAGAGCGUCCGAUCGAUUUGGGAGGAAGCCUACCAUUUUAUGUGGUCUUCUAUGUACGAUGACCUGUUUCUUGGCAUGGGGUAUGUCGACGAGUUUGACGAUGGCUAUCACCGUUCGUGCGCUCAUGGGAGCUGGAAAUGGAAAUGUUGGAAUUAUCCGGACCACCGUGGCUGAAAUGGUUACCGAUAAGGCGAGUCAGCCGGUCGCGUUUAGUGUAAUGCCGUUGGUGUGGUCGAUUGGAAGCGUUAUUGGACCUGCUUUUGGCGGUCUAUUUGCUAAGCCAGCAGACCAAUGGCCCGGCAUCUUUGGUCAUAGCACGUUUUUCAAGAAAUAUCCGUUUGCUUUCCCCAAUAUGAUAGGCUCUAUCUUUUUCUUGAUCUCCCUUGCUACCGGCAUACUCUUCCUUAAAGAGACUCUUCACAGCAAACGCCACUCUCGCGACUGGGGCUUAGUUCUUGGCGAUCGUAUUAAGGAGGCACUUAAAGAAAGCCCACACCGACGAGCACAGCGCCUGCGCCGGUACUCCUUCCAGGACUCCGAGGUAUCGGCACCGUUGUUGAGCGCGAAUGUGCCUCCGAAAACAGCAAGGGCUACCGUCAUCGAAAGGAUCGAAAAAACUAAGCCUCUUCCUAUGAGCUCAAUCUUUAACCGCCAGACUGUUAUCAACCUUAUAUCUUAUACCUUUCUCGCACUUCACGCCGUCGCCUACGAUCAGGCGUUACCAGUUUUCCUAAAUUACCCGCCACAAAAGCAUACGUCCGAGAACACAUCACUCCCCUUCGUCUUUAGCGGUGGUUUUGGAUUAAAUCACGCACACAUUGGGGCCAUUUUUGCACUUGAGGGUAUCAUUUCCGGAUUGGUCCAAUUCCUGGUCUUCCCAGUUCUCUGCGCGCGCUAUGGAGUCUUGAAAUGCUUUAGGAUUUGCGUCGUCGUCUUCCCGCUUGUCUAUAUGAUCACACCAUACACAGUGCUUAUCGAAAAUACGAAAACACGCUACGCCUUCCUAUUCCUCAUCUUGAUCAUCAAGACCUUCGCCGUUAUCGUCGGAUUCCCCUGCACAACCAUAUUGCUGACCAACAGUGCCUCGAGUCUGAGCAUCCUGGGAACUCUAAACGGGUUCGCCACUACGUUUAGCGCCCUUGGACGUGCUACUGGUCCCGCUUUGACUGGCUCCGUGUUCACUUGGGGUGUAAAACAGGGUAUUAUUGGUAUGCCGUGGUGGGUCUUGGCUUUGAUCGCUGCUCUAGGCAUUGUACCCGCUUGGAUGGUCGUCGAGGGCGAUGGUCCGAGUGCUGGUAGUACACCUGCUGAUAGUGACGACGAAGAGGAUACUGAGGAAGACGAUGAUGAUAUCGAUGCGCUUGAAGCGAGUCAAGCUACUACGAUUGUCGUCGCGGAACAGCCGGGGGAGCUUGAGGAUGCGCCAUUAGAGGGGAGUGUUAAGACAAAUGGUGGGACUUACGGUACGCUUGGGGGUGGGAAAGGCUCGAAUAUGAUUGAUUGAUGGAAUGAGACUACGCGCAUGAUGUGAACGUUACACAUGAACACGAAGAGUGAGCGGGAAACCAGCAACAUUCUUGCUCACCUACACAUAUCAAGCAUCCUAAUUAUUGUCAUUGGGAGGCGUUAAGGACAUAGAAAAUAGGGAUUUGGCAUGUGUGCAUUUGGGCGGCUUUUUUAUACAAUUAUUUUGUUGUCGCUUUCCUUCCUGACUUCUCAUUUCGUGGGGUACUUAUUAGGUACCUGAUAGCGGGAAAACCCAAGGAGUAACCGUUACAUUACCUGUUGCUGUUACUUACACCGCUUAUUUGACGGUAAUUGUUACUCAGUCAGUUACCGUUACUGAAUAAAUUGCCAUUACCAGAGAAAAAAAGAAGCUAUCGCCAGAUCAGACCCAUUUUUCCAUAACAGCAACACGUAAACAUGAUUAUACUGUUUUCUCCUACCUAAUCGUCGCCUUAUACAAAUUGUAG